AUGCAGAAACUGUCCAUAGCUACCAGUGAAGGUGAUGUUAGUGCCUUAUAUAGAGUGAUAAGCAAUAAUCCAGACCUUUUGGAAUGCAUAGAUCAGAAACCAUUCAAUCAUACACCAUUGCACAUUGCUGCAGAAACAGCGCACACACACUUUGCCCUUGAAAUCAUGAGUUUAAAGCCUUCUUUAGGGAGGGGCAGAGAAAGAAUUACUCCUUUGCAUUAUGCUGCAGAAGUAGAGGAAAUUGAUUUUUUGGCUGAAUUUCUGCGGAAAUGUCCAGCAUCAAUCGAAGAUGUGACUUUAUGCUGCGAGACUGCUGAACACAUUGCCAUGAAAAACGGAAAACUUAGAGCUUUUAAAGUGCUCUUUGGUUGGCUAAAGCGAACUAAUAGGAAAGAAAUAUUGAACUGGGGGGAUGAAGAUGGCAAUACAGUGUUGCAUGUCACAGCAUCCACAAAUCAAACUGAGGUUGCCAAAUUGCUGGUUAAAUAUGUCAAUGUUAACGCAAAGAACCAUGAAGGCCUGACAGCCCUUGAUAUAUCCAACACUAAACCUCCAAUCCAAGUAAACGCAAGGAUGAAGAAGAUUUUACUUAGGGCAGGAGCUUCAAAAGCUUCACGGCUUCAUCAACUUCCCACUUUAGCAGAAAUGUUGGGGUCACCAGAGGCACUGAUUGAGAAAAUAUUUCAAAUCAAUGCUUAUUUGGACGAAGGCUUAUCCGGUGAAAUGUGCAAUUCCAUGUUGGUUGCGGCAAUACUAAUAGCCACGUCAGCAUAUCAAUCAGUCCUCAGCCCUCCAGCUCCAUGGCCACCUCAAAUCAACCAGCGGUGGAGCCUGGAGAAGUGGUGA